UAGUCAUGCGUCACUCAUUUGAAACGUGUUUCGUGGUUCUCGUGGCAACCUUCGGCUUUUGGUGUUUAAACAUUGAAGCGUGGGGAACUGCGUCAAGCGAGCUCCUCCACAGAGUGGCUCUCAUACAUCCCCCCCUUCACUUGAAUUGCUGAUGGAACAAUCCUCAUUGCAGGGUGUGGAUCCAGUGCCGGCCAGAGAGGCUAGACAACAAGGAGUAAUAACGGGCGAGCAGCGAGUAUGAAAUGAGACUGGGCUAAAAAAGAAAACUACUUUACUGGGGGAAACAUUAACCGAGAUGAAGAGACAAGGAGACGCUUUUAAACGAAAUUGAACGUCACGGCUACGGGUUGAAGUCAACCAGCGCGAGUUACGGAGGCAGAUGCAUAUGUGAAAGUGUACGCGGAAACCCCACUAAACUGAACGGAAUUGCGAUUGCGGUGACAGCUGUGGAUGCAAGUAAUGUCAGAUUGUUUUAGCGGUUGAAAUCUUGCACGAAGACACUUGGUGGCUUACUGAAUCCUGUUUUUACGAACGGCAGAAAGUUGAAAGUCGUCUAUCGCGGAAAAAACGGUCCCUGUUGUUCUUUGAGUGGGCUUGACAGCGCGCGGAUGGACGACAGCGUGACAGUUAUAAUCCCAAUUUUUUAAUUGUCACUGCUUGAUCAGAAAAGGAGUCGUUGGUAUUUCUGGAACUUGCUUUUGGAUAUUUUUUUCGUUUUGUUUUUCCAUUCGGAGUGUCAACACAUUCAUAUAACGUUAACCAAAUCCUCUUUUACCGAACUGAAGAGGUUGUGCGCGCAAAGCGCAGGCUCCUUGUUUUGUUUAUUCGUUUGACAUCUGCGCACUAUAAUCGAAACCAUAUUGUAUUUUAAAAACGUAUAGUGAAAUCGACAAGUUUUAACCUUCUCACAAUAGUUGUAUAUUUUGUGCCUGUAUAACUAGCACUUCAGCACUUUGACUGGUCGUCGUUGUUUGUGCAUGCACGUGUUUGUUUUGAUCCUGCAAGCACACGAAACAUUUAUCAUAAGCUGUAUGUUGUUGUCACCCGUGUUUUGAGCUCCUGCCUCCCUCCUUCCCUGUUUUUGUCUUGCCAGCGAAUAAGCUUGCCUGUAGACACCUGCGGACUUUGACAGAUUCACUAAAUGGGGAAGAGUUGCUUUGUUUUUUUUCCCACCAGGAAGUCACUGAUACCUUUUUAAUUUUUUGCAUAUCAGGAUUAAGACAGAAGAUUACUACUGAAAAGAAGUGGCAUCGCAGCCACAGAUGCCAGACACAGCUGCCUUUUUUGACUAGUUUAAGUCACUGCAAGAUACCUAGACAGAAUAUAAGAAACACUUGCUAUUUUUAGAGAGAGUGAUGGGGUAAAUGGUGUUGAAAAUUGAGACCCCCCACCCCCAACUUUAAGGCCACCAACACUUCCAGGUUUAGCUCUGGGUUCCUUGUCAGCUGGUGAAUUAUCUGGAUUGGAAAAUUAAAGUGGGGGGGUCCUGUCUCAGCAAAGCUCUCAGACAUAUCCCACUCGUGUGAACAAAUAUUGAUAUUUUAACAGAUGGAACCCCCUCAGUAUCACAGGACAAUGAGUCUAGAUACAGUACAAGUACAGCAAAGUGUAGUAACCAAAUAAGCUCAUCCCCAUAUAACCAGAGAAAUAUACAUAUCUAUAUAUGUGUGUGUGUUGCAGAGUAUAUAUAUAGCUCUAUAAAAUAUAUGAGACAUAGUUUGAAUAUGUAUAUUUUUAUGCCAAAAGUGAGCAUUGUUGCCUGAAACCCAAUCCAUUGCCUUAGAAUCUCAUAGUAAUAAAGGGAAUAGCAAGGAAAGAUAUGAAACGGUGUUUGAAAUAACUAAAUGGUGCCUUUUUCGUUCAUCAGUUUCCUCUGUCGGUCACUUCAGGAUUUCACAUGUAAUAGAAAGAUAUUUUUGUGUUCAAAGUCCUAAACUUUAUAACUUGCCUUUAUGGUUCAAAUUUGAGUUUAGUUACUGUUGGAUGGUACCCUACUGGAUUAUUUACUGAAGUUAUAGGCACGUGAGGAUUAUUCAAUACUUGAUGUCAGCUACUUUUUCAAAAGUACUUUUUGGGAUUCCCAGCAAACUUUAUUAGAGUCAUUUUUUGGAUAUCACGGGCCAACGCAUAAGCAUUUCAGAUGGUGAUCACUUCGUCCGUGGAAGAGAAGCCGCAGCCUUCUAACAGAAUGGUCGCAAACUUGCCGACCGAAUCCUGGAUUGGCAGCCCAGAUCAGAACCGCUACUUACCCCAGUCACACCUGCUACGAAAGCCAGCAAGAAGUGGAAGCAGCUCAGGAUGCAAGCCCCCCUCCUCUACCCUCUGCCAGCCUGCCGCCUUGGGCUUCUCCCCCGCUGAGCCAACCAUGUCGAGCCAGCACAGCCACCCCUCCUUUAGUAACAUCCACUCCAUGGCCGACCAGCAGCAGGUGCUGUCAGAUAUGACCAUCCUGCAGAGGAGGAUUCCACCCAGUUUUCGAGAUCCCGCCAGCGCCCCGCUACGAAAACUCUCUGUCGAUCUCAUCAAGACAUACAAGCACAUCAAUGAGGUGUAUUACACGAAAAAGAAACGGCGAGCCCAGCAGGUUCCCCCUGAGGACUCCAGCACCAAAAAAGAGCGCAAGGUGUACAACGACGGCUACGAUGACGACAACUAUGAUUACAUUGUGAAAAACGGAGAGAAGUGGCUGGACCGCUACGAGAUCGACUCGCUUAUCGGCAAGGGCUCCUUCGGACAGGUGGUGAAAGCCUAUGACCACCACGAGCAGGAGUGGGUGGCCAUUAAGAUCAUCAAGAACAAGAAAGCCUUCCUGAACCAGGCCCAGAUCGAGCUGCGGCUUCUUGAGCUCAUGAACAAACACGACACUGAGAUGAAGUACUACAUAGUCCACUUAAAGAGGCACUUCAUGUUCCGUAACCACCUGUGCCUGGUUUUCGAGCUCCUCUCCUACAACCUGUACGACCUCCUGCGCAACACCAACUUCCGCGGCGUCUCGCUCAACCUGACGCGCAAGUUCGCUCAGCAGCUGUGCACGGCAUUGCUCUUCCUGGCCACGCCCGAGCUCAGCAUCAUCCACUGCGACCUCAAGCCCGAGAAUAUCCUCCUGUGCAACCCCAAGCGCAGUGCCAUCAAGAUUGUGGACUUUGGCAGUUCCUGUCAGCUAGGACAAAGGAUUUACCAGUACAUCCAGAGUCGGUUUUACCGGUCGCCGGAGGUGUUGCUGGGCAUGCCGUAUGACCUGGCUAUAGACAUGUGGUCGCUGGGCUGUAUCCUGGUGGAGAUGCACACGGGCGAGCCGCUCUUCAGUGGCUCCAAUGAGGUGGACCAGAUGAAUAAAAUAGUGGAAGUGCUGGGGGUCCCGCCCAACCAUAUGCUGGAUCAGGCCCCUAAAGCACGCAAGUACUUCGACAAGCUGUCCGACGGCCUGUGGACCGUCAAGAAGAACAAGGAUAUUAAGAAGGUACUUUAUCCUUCAGCCUCCGAAUAUAAACCACCCGCCACACGACGACUGCACGAGAUUCUGGGGGUGGAGACGGGAGGUCCAGGGGGGAGGCGAGCUGGAGAACAGGGCCACGCGCCCUGCGACUACCUGAAGUUCAAGGACCUGAUCCUCCGCAUGCUGGACUACGACCCCAAGACGCGCAUCACGCCCUUUUACGCGCUGCAGCACAACUUCUUCAAGAAGACGACGGAUGAGGGCACCAACACCAGCAGCUCCACCUCCACCAGCCCUGCCAUGGACCACAGCCACUCCACCUCCACCACGAGCUCGGUCUCCAGCUCUGGUGGAUCCAGCGGUUCUUCCAACGACAACCGAAAUUACCGGUACAGCAACCGGUACUACAACAGCGCAGUCACUCACACGGACUACGAGAUGCAGAGCCCACAGGCUCCGUCACAACAGCAGUUGCGCAUCUGGCCCGGAGGAGACAGCAGCAUGGGUCAGCUGUCCAACAGCAGCAGCGAUUCAUCUUACUCGCAGCUGAUGCUGCACAAGCCGGCGGCCACGCAGCACUCACGCCACUUCAUAGGCAACAUGGGGGGCAUGAUGGAGCCGCACCAUCCCCACCCCAUCUACGGCAGUCACCACAGCAACGGCAGACAGCUCCGGCAACAGCAGCAGCAGAACCAGCCGCAGGGCCAGACCUCGCAGGGCCAGCAGGGCCAGGCACUGAUGCCCGUCUCUUCCCCACAGAUGCAGGACAGCAUCGAGCUCAGCCUCACCCACCACCACCAUCUGGGUCAGUCUUCCAUCAUGCAGCCACCCCCGUCGAGCUUGGACUCCAGUCAGUACGGCUCCUCCAACCUCCACUUGGGCCUCUCUGCCUUUCGGACUAGGACAGUCAUGGCCCCCCAGCAACCUCCUUCCGCUUCCCAGCAACAGUUGCCGCAGGCCCCAGCUUCCCAGGACAGCAUGGUCGCUGCCUCCGGCUUGGGAUACAUCCCUCCAUGCUACGCCGGCAGCAACAACAAUAACAACCCGGCCCAGGGAAGCGUCGGAGUGGGGGGUAUGCUCACCGGGGGGCCCCCGCCCAGAGGAGUCGGGGGAGCUGGGGGGCGGCCGGAUUCCGAGGAAUCCGCCAUGAUGGCAGUGUGCGGGAGUGGGAGCGGUCAGAGUGCAGCCAACUCUUGAUAAAUCUUGAACAAAUUCCAAAAGCCAUACGAAAAUUUUAACGAAACAACACGACAGUGACAAAAAUGCCACACACACACACACAACACGACACAAAGUAGUGUGACAUCAAACACACACACAGCCACACGCAACAGAACCGCAGAGAAAAACUUGUGAAAUAUCAAACAGUUGAUUUUGGUUUCGUUUUGGUUUUGCAUGGGGGGACGGUCGAGGGAGGGCACGAAUGGAAUGAUUUUAAACUAUUUUUAUCCUUAUCUUUUUGUUCCUGUUCAUUUGUUUUUCUUUAAUUGAAGGAGAAGCGCAGUGGGCAAAGUCGUUGUAACAGAAGGUUUCAGAAAGUUGGUUUUUACCGUUGUUAUAUUGUUAUUUAAUUUUAUGUGCUUUGAGGUCAGGUUUGCAGCGAGAGAUUUUUAUUUGUUUUGUUUUUGCGAGGGAGAGCUUUAGAUUUUUCGAAAAAUUGAAUGUGUUCGUCAAGACGACAGCAGCAAGAGAGAGUUCCCUUCAUUUUGUCUUGCCAUAAUUGUACAUUUUUAAUUUAUUAAGAAUCACUACAUGCAGGAACGAAAUGGGAGAGGGCUGGAAAGUGGUCUAAACUGAGAGGUGGGAUUAUUUAUUCUAUGUUUUAUUUAUACCGUUGUUUUAUUUUACUGUUUGAGGGACGGAUGACAUUUAUGCAUAGACAACAACAAGCAAACAAAACUGGG